AUGAGGUCGAAGUGUACUAUUUUGCGUCAUCGUAAUGGUUGUGAAGUGGAUGUUCAUAGAUGUGGUUACUUGGCGUUAGUAAUGUCCUCGGAGGAAAGUUCAAGCGAUGACGGGUCGAGAGGAAAUGCUCAGGAAAGCGAAUCAGAGGACGAUUCCAUAGCUGAGCAGCAACAACAAAGUAUGGCCACAUCAUCAGAUGAUGACGACGAACAAAUGCAGAAGGAAGGGAAAAGCUUUACUACUGAAAAGAGCAGAUCUCCAUCACUAGAAGGACAAAACAUAGCUUUAGCUGGAAGUGAUGAUGAUUCGGAUGCUACUUCAGAACGUCGCAUAAAACCAGAGGAAGAUUCCGAUGCUUUGUCGGAACGACAACCACUUCCUAUUGUUUCUGAUGAUUCUGAUACAGUUUCGGAACGGGAGACAAAUGAAGCUAGAGAAUCCGAUGAUAGCGAGAAAGACGGUGACAAUACAUCGAAGAGUCCUUCAGAAGCAGAUGAAGUAGAGGAGAAACAAGAGCUUAAAGAUAUUGCGUUAUCAGAAAGUGAUAGCGAUAAAGAAAGUGGCGACGAUCGAAAGGAAUUGACAGAGGAUGACAUAGUUGGACCGCGUUUGUACCCUGAUCCAGAAACAGGUGUUGCAGAUACUGAACGUCUUGAACCGACAGUUGUUGAAGUUAACACUGCACGAAUAUGUCCAAAAUUUACUAACGAAGGACUAUAUUUUGUGAAAUUUCCAAACUUUUUGAGUAUUGAACCACGUCCAUUCGAUCAAGAUCAUUACGAAGAUGAAUUUGAUGAGGAUGAUUUGCUGGAUGAAGAAGGACGUGCUAGACUGAAGUUACGGGUAGAAAAUACAAUUCGUUGGCGUUAUGUGUUAGACGAUGAUGGUAAUAUACAGAAACAAGGGAAUUCAAAAAUUGUUCGCUGGUCGGAUGGAACGAUGUCUCUUUAUCUUGGUGGAGAAAUUUUUGAUAUAACGGUACAGCCGAUGCAACUUGAUAAUCAUUUAUUCUUGCGACAAGGCGCGGGCUUACAAGGACAUGCUGUUUUCAGGCAAGAAAUAGUCCGAAAAGAGGAAGAGCGUAUGCGUGCUCAAAGUCGUCGUGAAGCACAACAGAGGCGUAAUCGUAUGCGUCCAUCUGUAGGUCGAUCAGGGUUGACCGCUAACUUCUUGGAAGAUAGAGACGAAGAUUCUGACGAAGAGUCAAUAUCUGCGAUCAAGAAUCGUUACAAGCACGGUUUAGAUGAUAGACCAUUGAUCGGCCAUUCAGAUUCUGAGGAUUCAGAUUCCAAGCGAUUGCAUGAUGCCAAAAAAGAUAGCGAAGACAGUGACAGUGACCAGGAAAAGAGAAAACAGAAGAAGAGGAAAGUAAUUAUUGAAGAUGACGACGAAGAAGAGAAUUAG